AAUACAGGAACCAAACUUUAGCUAGUGGCCUGUGUUUGUAGCACAAAAGAUCAGCAGCUCUGAGCAUUUUGACAUAUAACCAACGUAUCAUCACCUUCUAUGCUGCUAUGAAGCUUUAGGCAGAUUAAAUAAAGCGUUUUUAGGAAUGGUCUGACUGUAACAGGAAACAUGCACAGCCGUUUACAGGAGCUGAAAAAGGAAGAGGAGACUCUCCUCAAAAUCAAAGUGAUGUUACAAGACCAACUCAACCGCUUGAAGUUUGAAGAGGGGGCACUGAAGUCUAUCAUCAGUGCUCAAACAGAAGAAGGAGCCUCCCAACGAUUGUCCUCUGAAAGUGAGGUUAACAUUAAUCUCGACGAUGAGAGCGAGAUCAAUCGAACCAAACUCCUGUUAAACUCUGCUGUAGACUAUGACAUGGAAGAAGACGAUGACGACGAAGAGGAAGAGGAGGAGGAGGAGGAUGAGGAAGAAGGGGAAAAUGACGAGCUUGAGUUAGUGCCUGAGGACUAUGAGGAAGAAGAUGAUUACUGAGUUAGGAUGUUUGUGUUAACACCAAUGAAGGAGAACAGGAGCUCCAUGUGAACAGGCACCAUUUUAUUAGUAUUAUGACUUAAAACUAGGUUUAAUUUAUUUGAGUGGUGUAACAGUUACAGUGUAGUGUACGUUGCUAGCAACGCCCUCUUUUUGCCUGAUUCAGUUUGUGUCAUCUGACCAUGUUAGUUGUGAGUGUGUGAAAGUUAGUGCGAAUUGUCACACUGGUAUGCAGUAUUAUUAGGUGCUUAUACUGUAGCUUCCUCAACAUUUAGUGCAUUUUGAGGAUAAAAAGCAAAAGAUUUCACCUAAAAAAUAGAUUUUGAUGUUCAGGUGUGUGAUGUAAAUUUAUGGCUGGGCCAUAAAAGAAGUUAAAAUGUCUGCAUUAUGUAUGAAAGGAGAACUGUAAGCACAAAAUAAAGGUUUUGCAUUAGCUUCUCUUCA